AUGAACACGAACUACAACAAUAACAUAUACCCUUUAAACCAAUUGAGAUCCAUCAUGUCCGCUGCUACUCCUCCAGGUGGUCAACGUACUUUACAAAAGAGAAGACAAGCACAAAAUGCAAAAGAAAAGCAAUUAAAACAAACUCCUGCAUCAACCAGACAAGCAGGACACGGUGGGUCGUCUAAUUCAAUUUUAAAAGUUUACACGGAUGAGGCAAAUGGUCUUAGAGUUGACCCAUUAGUGGUUCUUUUCCUUGCGGUUGGUUUCAUUUUCUCAGUCGUUGCCCUCCAUGUUGUUGCUAAGGUUACGGGCAAAAUCUUUUAA